AUCAGGAGCCCCGUCCCUUUAUCGCCCUAUUUGUUCGAAAAAAUCCCCAAAAUCUUUUAAACCCUAAUUUCCCAAUUCCCCGCACUCUCUUUCACACAGUCACACACUAAAACAGUAGUAGUAAAAUGUUAGGUGGCUUAUACGGCGACCUACCACCACCGUCCUCCUCCGCCGACGAUGAUAAGGCCACGUCCACCUCCACCACCAAUGUCUGGUCUAGCACCAGCAAAUUGGCGCCACCCACCCUGCGGAAACCCUUGCCCCCUCCCCAAACCAUCCUCAAAUCUCAGCCAAAACCAAAACCCCUGCCCCAAUUGAUAUCUAAGCCCCCUGCCGACGAAAAUGUAAACCCUAACCCCAAUAAGGAGAUGAUGAGCACGGUGCCGUUUCAGCCGGCUUUGGUGGGCGUUACGAGUUCGGUGAUGGAAGAGUACGACCCAGCUAGACCGAAUGACUAUGAGGAGUAUAAGAGAGAGAAGAAACGGAAGCAAGCGGAGGCAGAGAUGAGGAGAGAGUUGGAGGAGAGGGAGAGGAGGGAGAGGGAGAAGGAGGAGAAGGAGAGGAGGGAAAGAGAGAGGGAGAGAGAACGGGAUUUGAAUAUUUCCGGUGAGGAGGCUUGGCGGCGCAGGGCGGCAAUGAGUGGAGGAGGAGGAGGAGGAGGAGGAGGGCAAAGAUCGCCGUCACCUCCAGUGAGUGGAGGGAAUGGGGCUGGAGAAGGGUUUAGUAUUGGGAAAUCGGAGAGUGGAGGGUUAGGUCUGAGUGCGGAAGGGAAAAUGACUGCAGCGCAAAGGAUGAUGGCAAAAAUGGGGUGGAAACAAGGGCAGGGAUUGGGCAAACAAGAGCAGGGUAUUACAACGCCAUUGAUGGUGAAGAAGACGGAUAGACGAGCUGGAUCAAUUGUGAAUGCUAGUGCUUCUAAACAGCAAGAGCAGCCCCCUGAUAAGAAGGUCAAGAGUGUGAGCUUUAACGGGCCACCUACUCGGGUUUUGUUACUGAGGAAUAUGGUUGGCCCUGGAGAGGUAGACGAUGAUUUGGAAGGUGAGAUAGCAGAAGAGUGCCAGAAGUAUGGUACAGUGAAUCGAGUCCUAAUAUUUGAGAUAACAGAGCCAAAUUUCCCUCAUGAUGAAGCAGUUCGUAUCUUUGUUCAGUUUGAGAGAGCAGAACAAUCAACCAAAGCCCUUAUUGACCUAGAAGGUCGCUUUUUUGGGGGGCGCGUUGUUCACGCCUGCUUCUAUGAUGAAGAGAGGUUUGCUAAAAACGAGUUGGCUCCCUUGCCAGGAGAAAUCCCUGGCUUUUGAACUGAAUGGUUCAAGCAUAUGCUUAUAAGCUUUCGCUGCUUUGGGGCUAUGCUCUCAUAUGGGUAUAGGUAUAGUUAAGUUCCUUAUUGAAAUACGUGUAGUUUAUGCUUCGAUCUGUUAAGUACUUGCUUGAUUGACAACAUUUGGCUUGCCAUUCUUUGAGCAUAGCUGUGGUUUCUCUAAUCUCAACAUAAUUUUGAAAUUGUUAUUACGAGUU